AUGUCUUAUUCAGUGAUUAAAAGUGAAUCCGACAAAAUCAAUUCAAUAACAUCAUGUUUGGAUAAUUAUGAACUUCAACAAAGAUCUUUAUAUAAAUAUACGGAUGAUAUUUCUGAUGAAUCUGCCUUGCAUGUAGCUUCUAUUUCGAAUGAAUUUGAUGUUGAUCAUUUUGAUGAUAAUAAUUUUCAUAAUGAUAUUCAAGAAAAACAAAUUGAAGAAGAGCUCAAUAUAUUUCAACGAACGAUUCGUUGUGGGCGAUUGUUUUGUCUUUCGAAAUUUCCUUUUUUUCGUCAAUCAAGAGUUGCAACUAAAUCUAAAACUAAUCAUUUGAAAAUCUAUCAAAUUUUUAGCUAUGCUGAUAAUUUGGAUAUUUUAUUAAUGACUACUGGUAUCAUAGCUGCAUUAAUAUCUGGUGGACUUUAUCCAGUAGCAAUGUAUUUUUUUCAAGGAAUAACAGACAAUCUUGCUAAUUUGGGGGAAUCAAGCAUAAAAUUUAUACAUUUUAAUAACGUUACUAAUAUAUCCAAUGAAUGCACCAUUGUGUCAAACAAGAACAAUCGAACUGAAUCAGCUCAUGACAGUAUAAAUCGAUUAAUCAAGUAUUAUAUUAUUAUUGGAUUUAGUAAUAUCAUUUGUUUUUGGAUUGCUUGGGCAACUUGGAUAUUAGCUGCUGAACGACAAGUUCGACGCAUUCGUUUUGCUCUUUUUCGAAAUAUUUUACGGCAAGAAAUUGGUUGGUUUGAUAUACAAAAAGCAGGAGAAUUAAAUAAUCAUCUUAUUGUAGAUUUAGAUAACAUCAAAGAUGGAAUCAAUUAUCAUGUACCACAAUUUUUUUUUCUUCUAUCGACUACAUUAAGUGUAGUCAUCUUUACUCUCAUAAUAGGAUAUAAGUUAACACUUAUCUUUCUAUGUCUUUCACCAGUUAUAAUUCUAAUUUUUAAUUUAACAAUUAUAGUUAUUGAAAAAUAUACAAUAAAAGAAGUUUCAGCAUUUGCAGCAGCAUCAUCAAUUGCACAAGAAGUAUUAGGAAAUAUUCGAACAGUGGUAUCAUUUCACGGUCAAAUAAAAGAAGAAGAAAGACAGGAUUAUCUUAAAGAACACAUUAGGUAUGGUCAUCAACUUACUCAAACUGAUUGUAAAAAUUAUUCAACUGGUACCGUCAUCGUAGUUCUCAUUUCCUGCAUGGUUGCAAUAUUCAGUACACUAAAAUUCAUUCCAAAUUUUCAAAAUUUUGCCGAAGCAUUAGGUAGUGCUAGUUAUGUGUUCGAAAUGAUUGAUCGACAAUCAAAAAUUGAUGCGAUGAGUAAUGAAGGUGAUAGACCUGAACAUAUUAUUGGUGAUAUUGAAUUUGAAAAUGUUACUUUUACGUUUCCUGCACGACCAGAUAUACCUGUACUAGAGAUUACUAAGAAUCUAUCACUAAAAAUCUCAUCGGGUAAAACGAUUGCUUUAGUUGGUCCAUCAGGAUGUGGAAAGAGUACAGUAAUCCAAUUGAUUCAGCGAUUUUAUGAUCCAAAUCAAGGUCGAAUUUUAAUUGAUGGAAACGAUAUUAAAACAUUGAAUGUUGCAUGGCUUCGUUCACAUAUUGGAGUUGUUAGUCAAGAACUUGCACUUUUUACUGAAUCAAUUGAAGAAAAUAUUCGUUUUGGAAAACUAGAUGCAACUGAUGAAGAAAUUCAAGCUGCUGCUAAAAUGGCUAAUGCACAUGAAUUCAUAAUGACACUACCACAAAAUUAUAAGACAAUAUUAGGUGAUAAUUUAAGUGGUGGUCAAAAACAACGAGUGGCUAUUGCUCGAGCAUUAAUUUCAAAUCCAAAGAUUCUUUUGCUAGAUGAAGCAACAAGUGCACUUGAUAACAAAAAUGAACGUAUUGUUCAAGAUGCAUUGGAUAAAGUCAAAGCAGGACGAACAACAAUUAUUAUAGCCCAUCGUUUGAGUACGAUACAAAAUGCUGAUUUCAUUAUAGGACUAAAACAUGGUCAACUUGUUGAACAUGGAACUCAUCAUGAUUUGAUGAGAUCUAAAGGUCUUUAUUAUGAAUUGAUCAAAGUUCAAAAUCAAAGAGAAACUGAUAAAUAUAAUGAUCAAACAGAUGACAAUAUUGAAACAAAUCUUAUUAGACAACCGACAUUAUCUAGAAGAUAUUCGAAACUAUAUUGUAGUUUGGCAGAUGAUUCAAAUGCAAGUGAUGAUGAUAAUAAUGAAAAAAUAGUCGAUAGUAGUUUUAUAAAAAGGAAAAUACGUUUUCGCAUGCCAUUUUUAUUUAAAAUUUUGAAAUUUAAUGCUUCUGAAUGGCCUUGGAUUCUAAUUGGCACAAUAUGUGCACUUAUGUUGGGUGCUAUUGAACCAAUAUCUGCACUCUUAUUUAGUAAAAUCUAUGGUUUAAUUGCUGAACAAGAUCGUGAUAAACAAAGAUAUUUAGUAAAUGUUUAUGUUGGUACGAUUUUUAUUCUUGGUUUUAUAUCAGGAGUAGCGCAAUUGCUGAGUAACGUUGGAUUCUCGAAAUCAGGCGAAGCAUUAACGAUGCGAAUGCGAAAAUUAACAUUUGCUGCUAUGAUUCGUCAAGAUAUGAAUUAUUUCGAUCGUAAAGAAAAUUCAGUCGGUGCUCUUGUCACACGUUUAUCAUCUGAUGCAGCUGCUUUGAAGGGUAUGACUGGCGUUCGUAUUGGUAUCAUAGUUCAAACUAUGAGCACUACGAUAAUGGCUCUUACUAUUGCAUUUAUAUCGAGUUGGAAAUUAACAUUCAUUUUACUUUGCUUUGUUCCUGUGUUAGCGUUGGCAGGAAAAUUUUCAGGACAACAAGAAGCUGAUGCUGGUCAGUCAAAAAGUAAAACCUCAUUUAGUGAACAAGGUGGACAGAAUGCCACAGAAGCUAUAGAAAAUAUUCGAACUGUUGCUGCUCUUCACCAAGAACAACACUUUAUCAAUCUUUAUGAGAAUGCAUUCAAUCGUGAAUUCAAACAAAAAAAGUGUCGUUUGCAUUUAGUUGCGAUAGCUGCUGGAAUUGCGAAUUCAGUAAUGUAUUUUGCUGAUGGUACUACGUUUUGGUACGGUAGUAAACUUGUCCAAAACGGUGAAACAAUCUUUGAAAAUGUAUUCAGAGUAUAUGCCGUUAUUACUUUUACUAUGGUCCAAAUUGGCUAUUCCAUGGCCUUGAUUCCUGAUUAUUCGAAAGCAAAAAAAGCAGCAUUAAGAAUCAUGCGACUAAACCAACGACAAUCACAAAUCAAUCCUUAUGAUGAAUCAGGCAUAAUUUUGAAAGACGUCAGAGGUAAUAUUGAAUUUCAAGAUGUUCAUUUUCGAUAUCCCACCCGGCCAACAGUUCCUGUUCUUAUGAAUCUCUCAUUGAAAUGUGUAACUGGUGGCAUAACAGCACUUGUUGGUCCAUCAGGCAGUGGAAAAUCAACAGCGAUUGCAUUAUUAGAAAGAUUCUAUGAACCAUCAAAAGGAAAUAUUUUACUCGAUGGACAUAAUAUAAAACUUCUUAAUAUUCGAUGGCUUCGAUCAAUAAUAGGUUUUGUUCAACAAGAAUCAGUUCUUUUUAAUAUUUCUAUUCGUGACAAUAUUGCUUACGGUGAUAAUAGUCAAGAAGUAACACAAGAUGAAAUUGAAACAGCUACACGAAUGGCAAAUAUUCACGAAUUUAUACGUUCAUUACCUAAAGGUUAUGAAACAUUAUGUGGAAUGAAAGGUAGUCAGUUAUCCGGUGGACAAAAACAACGAAUUGCCAUAGCUCGAGCAUUAAUUCGUUCACCAAAAAUUUUACUUCUUGAUGAAGUAACAUCAGCAUUAGAUAAUGAAAGUGAAAAGGCUGUUCAAGCAGCAUUAGAUAAAGAGAGAUUUAGUCGAACAUGUUUAAAUAUUACUCAUCGUCUUUUAACAAUUCAAAAUUCAGAAAAAAUUGUCGUUGUUGAUCGAGGCACAGUAAAAGAAGAGGGUACACAUGAUGAACUUCUGAGAUUCAAUGGUCUUUAUACGAAGUUGAUUGCAGCACAACAACGCCCAACUUCGUUACCGGACAAUAGAGAAACAAAAUAA